GUUUUUCCGUUGAGAGCGGCGGCGGCGGCGGCGGCGGCGUCUGGCGGCGUGAACGGCAGAGUUAGCGGCGCGUAGAGGAGAAGCACAAACUUCUGGUUCCGAAUGGGACCGAGAAGGCUACUACCGGCUUUGUUUACACUGCAUUGGACAACCAUGCUUUGGCAUGUGAGACAAGCCUUUUCCACACUAUUAGCUUAUGUGAUGGUGAGAAUUUGCGCCAUGGCUGCUUCUCCAAGAACACCUUCCAAAAAAUCAAGCACUCCAUGUGCUGCUUCCAAGGGUGCUAUACUUCCAUCACCUCACCAAGGUGAUUCUACCCCUCUUCCUUCAAUCAAUGAACGUCUGGCCUACCUUCGUCCCUCUCGGGAGCUGCUGGAGUACUAUCGAAAGAAGAUUGCAGAAUUUGAUGACGAGCAUGAAGAGCUGGUGAAACGGUUGGAGACAUACAAAGCAUCUUACGAUGAACAGCACAAGUUACAAUGGGAAAUGCGUCAGCGAGAAGAAGAAAUUGGAGAACUGCAGAAGGCUUUGAGUGACAUGCAGGUGUUCCUUUUUCAAGAAAGAGAGCAUGUGCUGCGCCUUUAUGCUGAAAACGAUCGACUGAAAAUCAGGGAAUUAGAUGACAGAAAGAAGAUUCAACAUCUUUUGGCUUUAUUAGGAACAGAUGAGGGUGAAAUUACCUAUUUUCACCAAGAACCCCCAAAUAAGGUCACCAUACCUGAACUACCUAACCCUACUAAAAGAGAUUCCCAGGAAAGAAGUGACAAAUAUACUUCAAUAAUGGGUUUUAAAAACAAAGGAGAGAAGGCUGAGAGUGCAAAUAGAUAUCAAAGAGACAACCAAACACUCCUACUACAGGUGGAGUCUCUUCAGGCUCAACUAGAAGAACAGACCAAGCUGUCAAAAGAGCAGAUGGAAGCCCUGCUAGAAGAUCGACGCAUCCGUAUUGAAGAAGCUCAGGUGCAGCACCAGAGGGAUCAGGAAAAGAUCAAAGACAUUACUGAAAGGUACCAUAAAACUCAAAGUUUGCUGUACGGGAGUACCAAAGAUUUUCUGCAGAUGAAGUUUAAUGCACGAGCAAAUGAAAAAUCCUGGAUGGCAGAGAAGGACACUCUGCUGAGGAAGAUGGACAAAUGUAGAUGUGCACACAAGCCGAGCAGGGUUUAUGGUAGUCCGGUCCACGAUCACAUCAAUCAGAGUUAUGACAGUUGUCAAAGCUGGCAGGUUGCUAGCCCAGCGAAGCAGGAUACUAGCCUGGAUGAAUGGGGGAGUAGUCCUCGUCAGCAAAGUUUCACCAGGAGAUCACCUCCCAGUGGGAAGGUUGAAGUUUUCAAGAAGAGAAGACCAAAAGUUGUCAGAUGUGUUUUUCGAGCCGAGCAGAACGUUCACAAAGUAUACGGAGCAGAGAUUAUGGGAUUAAGAGAUCAGUUGAGCCAGGAGCAGAAAUUAGCCAACAUGUUUCGAGAACAGUGUGUUUCAUUGGAAGAGCAGUUGUCUAAGGUUCGGGAGGAAGGAAAUUUAGGCCAAGAAAUGUUCAAGCAACGGUCAGAAAAGAUGGGAAAGCGUCUACAGCUAAUGACCCGGCGCUAUGAGGCACUGGAAAAAAGGCGUGCCAUGGAGGUGGAAGGAUUUAAAAAUGACAUCAAACAAUUCCAACAUAAGCUGCAGGACGUGGAGAAGCAACUCUUCAAGGUGGUGAUGAAUGUGGGACCCGACCAAGAUCUUGCAAUUCUGCAUGAAGUUCGCCGAGGAAAUAAGAGAACCAAAAAGCUACAAGGAGAACUUAAAAGCUUAAAGUCAAAGAUAUAUGGGCUGGAGAAUGACCUACGAGAUUAUUGAUAAUGAUAUGUCGGUCAGAAUGAGCGGUGUUGAUAAGGACCUUUUGCUGCAACAAACUUUUUUUCUUUUUUUUUUCUUUUUUUUAGUUACAAAUGUGUAGCUUCACUGAGUAUAACAUACACUUUACAUUCCAGGACAGAAGAAAAACAAUUGAAACUUGUGUGAGACUUGAAAAGAAAUUCCUUUCGCCUUUUUGAUGCAUACUUAGAUUUGAUCUCUGUAGUGUUGAUUUAUACAGAGAACCAGGCCGGGGAUAUUUGGUGAUUUCUUUUGCAGUGCCUAGAAGAGAUGUGAUCUACAAGAACUUUUUCACUGCCUAAGAAUGAUACAUUAUGCAGGGAUCCCAAGAAAAAAGCUAGGCGGGCUGGUAUCUUCUGUAUCUUAGUUUUAUGAUGGAGAAGAAAGGGAUUUCUAAAUGACUCAAACUGGACAGCAUAGAAGGGUUGAUACCAAUAUAUAGAGAGAAGUGGAUCUCUUACAGAGAACCAUCAGGCUGUUAUACUAUUUUUGAAAUCAAAAUCAGUUCUUGGAAUAAGUGCUCUCCAGAGUUCUCUACAGAUUUGUAGCCUACUGUAAAGAGAAGCAUAGAUCAAGAGGAACUCUAUUCAUAAGUGACAGGGCUUCAAUCUCAAACACAAUCUAUCACCCAGGAUAUAAAGUGUGUGUGUAGGGUUGCAGGUUGCACAAAAAAGAGUCAGACCCAUUGAGCUGAAACUUGUAUCUGAAUAAAAUGGCAUAGGAUUUAGUUAUAACACAGAUACUUUCUAGCCUGGGUCAUUCUUUAUGUUUUCAUGAGUAUAAUUUUUCUUUUGCAGAAAUCUUUCUGAAACCCAGAAAAGAAUUAUGAUGCAUCUAUUGUUUAUGCUCUGGUGUAGAACAAUAAAACUUAACAUUAUA